CCGCGAGUGGCCAGUUCGACGGCCGCUGUCACCAUGCAGGCGCCGCACCGGGACUCGGACGGGUCGGACUUGACGCCGAUGCUCGAAUCCAGUCGAUCCAUGCUCUGUGAACCAGACACGCUGCUCCGGUCGCCUCCCCUAGGACCAAAACCAUUGCAGCGUGUGCGCGAAGAUGCCGCGCUUCGCUCGUCGAUCGCACCCGACACCACAGUCCGGCAAUCUUCGCGCGGACCGUCGACCGGCCAACUUGCAAGCACCUUUGGUGUGAAGGAGCCGGAGAAGUUAGCAGAGGACAUUGCAAACGCAGCGGUCCGUCGCGGGUUUGUGCGCAUUUACUUCGAGAACUCCAACUUUACAUCAAGCACCGUGCUUCGUGUGGAAGAGCACACGAGUGUCCUGGAGGUCCGGCAAAUCAUGGCAAACAAAAUGCGCCUGUCGUCGAAACAACAAGCACACCACGCGAUCCUCAUGUUGUACGUCAACAGCAAGGGGUCGUCCAUGUCGGCGCGUACUCUCAAAGACAACGAAUUCAUCUACCAAGUGCAGGAAGCCAUCCAUUCGGAGCGCCAGUCCGUGCCCGAGAUCGUUGCGAACGAAGUGUCCGGCCCCGUGCGUGCCAAACCACGACAUCGCGCCAGGCAAACGCUCAAAUUUAUUUUCAAGGACAUUCGCGGCAAACCCAUCGACCUCGAAGCCGAACUCGAGCUCACCCCCAACUACUCGAACCCAACAUCAGCCCUAAGUCAAUAUGGCCACCCAAACCAGCACAACAUGGCCGCAUCACAGGACACGGUGUUUCUUCUACCGCAAAAGCUCGGGCUGGGUCUUCGCGCCGGGACGUUAAAAAAAGCGAGUUUGAAAGAUGCCAACGUGUGGCGGUCGCGGUGGUUUGUCCUCAAGGACGAUAAGCUGUACUAUUGCAAGAGCGAAUUCAACCAGCGCGACAUCACAGCGAUCCCGCUUCUCAACGCCCAGAUCGUAAAACAGGACGCCCUCGUCCCACACUGUUUCGAGCUCCAUACAAGUCGACGCGUGUACCGGUUUUGCUCGGCCACGGACGACAGCAUGAUGGCAUGGAUACACGCGCUGCACCGGGAAAUUCGCCUGGCUGCGGAGAACCAAAUGCUGACAAAGGCCGAGAGCUUCAUCGUCGACGAGGCGGUGACGACGUGUGAACGCAAUCAAGAUCGAACUCCGUUUGCCGUGUCGGGAAUCUUGGGCUACCCCGCGCUGCGCAAGAUGUUUCGCGACUUUAUGGCGAGCGAGUCCAUGGCGAGUGUGAUUUUACUCGACACGUGGGCCGAAUGCGAUCUCUUUCGUCGCAAUGGCCUCGUUCGGUUUCAAUCGCAACUCCAGCAACAACAACUGCAACACCAGCAACUCAACCAAAUGCCCAACCACGCUGUGUCUUCAUUCGCCGCGGGAAGUGCCCAGGACGAAUGGGACCACGUCAAACGAUUGCUUCUCCAGUACAUUCCGGCGGCACAAAAAGCCGGCGCGCACCUCCAAACCUCGGACAUCGACCUGUGUCGGCAGUCUCUCCAUGACAACCAAAAGCACAGACGCCUGUCGAUCGCAAUGGACCACGACAACAGCCACGUGACGGACUUUCCGUCGCCAAAUCUGUUUUUGAACGUCCAGCAAGACAUUCUUCGCGCCCUCGAAGAAGGACCGUUCCAGCGGUACAUUGCCGGCCGCGGCUACACGCGAAUCAUCGAUCGUACGAUUCGACGAUAGAGAUGGAUAACAUGAGCGUUGUGGUGGCCGAAACAUGGGGAUUGGCGU